CAACUGGUUCCGUGGGGAAUUCACACGUUCAUGUCUGAAUCUGUGUGAACUCCCUAUCUCUCUCUCUCUCUCUCUUGGGGAAGCUUCCGUUCAGAUUGUUUUGGUAGAAUGGUGAUGGGUUCAUCGAAAGGUAGAGUAAUAGCAUGGUUCAAUAAGAAAAUCACCGAUCCUCUUCUCCAGAUCUUGCGUAGAGGUACUGAGCCUAAGCAGCUUGCUUUCUCCGCCGCACUCGGCAUUACCUUGGGAAUAUUUCCAAUUUGCGGUGUUCCUGUGUUUCUUUGUGGAGUAGCUAUUGCAUUUUUUGGAUCUGCUUGUCAUGCUCCAACCGUCAUGUUGUCUAACAUCAUUGCCACUCCUGUAGAACUAGCUCUGGUGGUGCCUUUCCUACGACUUGGUGAAAAAGUCACCGGUGGUCCUCAUUUUCCUUUGACAUCAGAUGCCCUUAAGAAGGUUUUCACUGGCCAAGCCUCGCAGGAUGUCUUUUUAAGCAUUGGUAAUGCGUUACUAGGGUGGCUCGUAGCAACUCCAUUUUUCUUUAUUGCGCUAUACGUUGUGUUGAUGCCAUGUUUCAAAAUCUUGGUCCGCAAGUUUGGCGCCGUUGCUUCAACCCCAAAGACACCUACAAGUGUUGACAUAGAGCUCAGCACAAAGCCAAGAUUCGCUUGAACUCAACAAACCUUAUUGUUCUGUUAUCAACACGAAACCCUUGAAAUGUAACACUUAUGUAUAGGGUAUACACAGCCUGCACUUUAUUUAAAACCUCCUUUUGAAAACGCCAUUAACCGGAAAUAUUGGUUAUUACAUAUGAAUCAAAAUAUAAGCAUAAAGUUCAUUUG